AUCAUCGGUGGACGGGCGAGACAUCACAUCGCUCUCCGUUUUCAUCUGCUGCUGUUCACUGGCCAAGAGGCAAAAUCAGAGUCAUUUAUUCUUUCGUCCAUCAGCGGCGACAUUUUGUUCAGGAAAAGCAGAUUUGGUUGUAAAGAGCUGAAGUGUGAAGGAAACCAGGUGGAGAUGAGAUCAGUUGGAUUUGCUGUUUUCGUGGCGUUUCUCAUGAUCAAUGGCUCUGAAACGCGGGAUCCACCGGAUCACAAGGAUCCAACACCAAAGGAGCCAGUGAGGAACCCGGAGACAUCUGAGACUACGAACCAAACCGCUCCGUCCACCAGCCCCGAAGCACCCGAGGAAGACGAGUUUCUGGGUCCACGCGAGUGUCUGAUAAAGAAGCUCACUCGGGGGUCGUGUGACCUGGUGUUUUGUCCUCCGUGGGAGCGGUGCAUUGAAGGACAUUGCUCCUGUAAACCACCAUACCUUUGUCCGUCGGAGGGGGCUCGACCGGUCUGCGGGCUGGACCACCGAACGUACCGCUCCUACUGCCAGGUGAUGGCUGUGUCCUGUCAAACAAAGAGAUCCAGAAUGUCCCACUUUGGGGAGAAUUGCAAAGAGGAUCAGCCCAAGUUCAACAGCACCAUACUCUCCGACACGGCAGCUGUGAAGAUCUUCCUCCCCGACGCCAGGAGCCCUGGAGGCGGGGAGGAGCUGCUGGUGUGCCAACGCCUUUGGAACAUCGCAGCUGCUAACGUGGCGUGCAAGGCCGGGGGGACUCCACUCGGCGCGCUGGCGGCCGACUCCACGUCCUACGGCUCCCUGACGACCGCCGGCGGCAACACAGAGUCACCCAAGCGCUGCGUCAGCCUCCGCUGCCAGGGCUACGAGGCGUCCCUCGCCGAGUGCGUCAUCUACGACAAGGUGGACAUCGGCAAUCAGGAGGUCGCCACGGCAACCUGUUAUCAGGCCCCCGAAGCCGCCAACGAGUGCGGCUUCACGUGCGCCAACACAAAGUGCGUCUCCGCGAACCGGACCUGCGACGGAGUCGACGACUGCGGCGACGGCAGCGACGAGAUGUGCUGCAAAAAGUGCAGGGGCGGCGGCUUCCGCUGUAAGACGGGCGCGUGCGUCCAUCGGGAGGCGCUCGGCGACGAGCAGAUCGACUGUCUGGACGGCGAGGACGAAGCAACGAAACACGCCGCCAUCGAGCCAACGAAGCUGCUGCCCACUAACUCAGAGUACACUUCCCCCAAAGACGAAACGAGGGCCGGUCGGGCGCAUCUGGAGUCCAGGUUGUACUGCGGGAUCCCCAACGCCACCACGGUGGACAACGUGGAGGUCGAGGGCCGCGCGAACAGGGGCCGCGUCAAGCGAGUGGUGGGCGGCGUCCCGGCGAACCCGACUCAGAUCCAGUGGCAGGUCGCUGUGGUGGAGAACAAGAAGGUGGACUGCGGCGGCGCCUACAUCGGAGGAUGCUGGGUAAUCACGGCGGCUCACUGCGUCAGGCCGAACCCGUCUGCGUUCAUGGUGAAGUUUUCCCUCUGGAGGAAGAUUCAAGCUCAGAGCACGACUGACAUCGUUCCUGUCCAAGAGAUUCUCAUCCACCCAAAGUACGGUGCCAACUACGAGAACGACAUCGCUCUGCUGAAGCUGAAGAAGCUUCCCUUCGAGGAGAAAUGCCUGAAGGACAACCCGGCCAUCAGCGCCGUCUGCGUCCCCUGGUCCACGCAGCUCUUCCAGCCCAACCACACCUGCAGCAUCUCCGGGUGGGGUCGGACCGCAGAGGGCAAAGGGGCCAAAGUGCUGCUGUGGGCCAACGUUUCCCUCAUCGCCGACUGCCAGAGAUUCUACAACGAUCGCUUCCGGCCCGGCAUGAUGUGCGCGGGCGCCGUGGAGGGCGGCGUGGACUCCUGUCAGGGCGACAGCGGCGGCCCGCUGGUCUGCGAGGACGAGCUGGGAGUUUCCUACCUGUGGGGCAUCGUCAGCUGGGGGAGGAAGUGUGCUGAGCCGGGAUUCCCCGGAGUCUACACACAGGUGGCUCAUUACUUUGAGUGGAUCCGUUACCACACAGGGUGGCCCGCCGUCACCAAGUUCAACUCCUGAUGAGGCAACAAUGUAAAAAAGAAAGAGCAAUGUGGCUUUGGAUCAAAGCGUCGGCUGAAUAACCUGUGAUGUGAUGUAACGUGGAUGUUGUACCGUUGUGUUUGCUGUAACAUCGUUCUUGUAUUAAGCCACUAAGUUGUUCUCAGCUGCCCUGCAGACCAACAGCUGACUGUGGCUGAUUCAACAUGAGUGACAAUUAAUACAAACAGCUGUUGGUAGAUUAGUGGAUAAAUGUCAAAGCAUCACAAUAAAGACCCCUUUGUCCAAUAGAAA